ACUUCCUCACAGCCACAGGGGGUCCUUAUGAAUCGGCCCCUAAUCCAGCUAAUCCUGAUCGCAACAAAAUCAUGAAAGUGGCUCCCAGUGAUGUGUGUUUCCCUGCACAGAUGCAGAGAGAAGGAACAGUGCUGAAAAUAAAUCAGUCCAGUGUGAUGUUCCUUGCAGGCUGGGGGAGCCUGUGUGUGAAGCUGAAGACUUCCAUUGUGUUCUGCCCCAUGCGGCCUCAAGUGGAAAGCCAAUGAAAAGGGGACUUGGCUGUAUAAUGAUGAGAAGAGUGCUUAGAGCUAAGAGGUGAUGUCAGUUCCACAGAAGCUGAGAGAAGGGAGCUGGGGUUAAUGUUAUGCAACAAGCUGAAUGCUCUGGCACAGUGUGUUUGGUGGACGAGUGAGUCGGGAGUUAAGUUACACGCGGCAGAAGAUUGGAGAAGAGGCCAUGUUUAAUCCCCAACUCAUGAUUCAGACACCACAAGAAGACUGCGCUAAUGUACUAACAACAGAAGCACUCAGACAGCACCUUGAUUCUGCACUUCAAGCCAGCAGGGUACAUGUAUAUAUGUACAACAGACAAUGGAAAUUGGAACACUUAUGUCACAAAUCAGGGGAACCUAUCACAGAAACAGGUUACAUGGACAAGAUUAUAGAACACCUUUACCCUUGUUUAAUUAUCACACCUUUGGACUGCUUCUGGGAGGGUGCAAAGUUACAAUCAGGGACUGCAUAUCUACCAGGGAAACCCCAUUUGCAGUGGACAAACUUUGACCCCUUAGAAUUCUUAGAAGAGUUAAAGAAAAUAAACUCCCAAGUAGAUACAUGGGAGGAAAUGCUGAAUAAGGCAGAAGUUGGUCACGGAUAUAUGGAUCGACCUUGCCUGAACCCCGAGGAUCCUGACUGUCCAAUCACAGCCCCCAACAAAAAUUCAACCAAACCUCUUGACGUGGCCCUUGUUUUAAGUGGUGGAUGCUAUGGGUUGUCCAAAAAAUACAUGCAUUGGCAGGAAGAGCUGAUUGUUGGUGGCACAGUUAAAAACGGUACUGGGAAACUUGUCAGUGCCCAGGCUUUACAGACCAUGUUUCAGCUAAUGACUCCUAAGCAAAUGUAUGAGCACUUCAAGGGCUAUGACUAUGUCUCGCACAUCAACUGGAAUGAGGACAAAGCAGCUGCAAUUCUGGAAGCCUGGCAGAGGAUGUAUGUUGAGGUUGUUCAUCAAAGUGUUGCACAAAACUCUACUCAGAAGGUGCUUUCCUUUACUACAACUACUUUGGAGGAUAUCCUUAAAUCAUUUUCGGAUGUCAGUGUUAUCAGAGUUGCCAGUGGCUACCUAUUAAUGCUUGCCUACGCCUGUUUAACCAUGCUGCGGUGGGACUGUGCUAAGUCCCAGGGUGCCGUGGGGCUGGCAGGAGUCUUGUUAGUUGCACUCUCAGUAGCUGCAGGAUUGGGGCUGUGCUCAUUGAUUGGGAUUUCCUUUAAUGCUGCCACAACUCAGGUUUUACCCUUUCUUGCUCUAGGAGUUGGUGUAGACGAUGUCUUCCUUUUGGCACAUGCAUUUAGUGAAACUGGGCAGAACAAGAGAAUUCCAUUUGAGGACAGAACAGGGGAAUGUUUGAAACGCACCGGGGCAAGUGUGGCCCUUACAUCUAUCAGUAAUGUUACUGCAUUCUUCAUGGCUGCCUUAAUUCCCAUUCCUGCUCUACGGGCAUUUUCACUCCAAGCUGCUGUAGUCGUGGUAUUUAACUUUGCCAUGGUUCUGUUAAUUUUUCCUGCUAUUUUGAGUAUGGAUCUGUACCGUCGUGAAGACCGGAGAUUGGAUAUAUUCUGCUGCUUUACAAGCCCAUGUGUCAGCAGAGUAAUUCAGAUUGAACCUCAAGCAUAUGCAGAAGCUGGUGACAACACACGCUACAGCCCUCCGCCUCCCUACAGCAGCCACAGUUUUGCACAUGAAACUCAAAUCACAAUGCAGUCCACAGUCCAGCUGCGCACUGAAUAUGACCCUCACACCCAGGUUUACUAUACCACAGCAGAACCUCGUUCAGAAAUCUCGGUGCAGCCAGUCACAGUAACACAAGAUAACCUCAGCUGCCAGAGCCCAGAAAGCACAAGUUCAACCAGAGAUCUCCUUUCCCAGUUCUCCGAAUCUACACUGCAUUGUCUUGAGCCACCCUGUACAAAAUGGACACUUGCCUCUUUUGCUGAAAAGCAGUAUGCUCCAUUCCUGUUGAAACCAAAAGCCAAGAUCGUGGUCAUUUUUCUUUUUCUGGGCUUACUUGGCCUCAGUCUUUAUGGAACUACCCGUGUGAGGGAUGGCCUGGAUCUUACAGACAUCGUGCCACGGGAAACACGGGAAUAUGACUUCAUUGCAGCCCAGUUCAAGUAUUUCUCAUUCUACCACAUGUACGUAGUUACACAGAAAGCGGAUUAUCCCAACAUCCAGCACUUACUUUAUGAACUUCACAAAAGUUUCAGCAACGUGACGUAUGUUUUGUUGGAAGAAAACAAGCAGCUUCCCAAAAUGUGGUUGCACUACUUUAGAGACUGGCUGCAAGGGCUUCAGGAGGCUUUUGACAGUGACUGGAAAUCUGGGAAGAUCACGCUCAACAAUUACAAAAAUGGAUCUGAAGACGCUGUUCUGGCUUACAAGCUUCUGGUUCAAACCAUUUCAGGCAUCCGGGAUAAACCCAUUAAUAUUAGCCAGUUGGCUAAACAGCGCCUGGUGGAUGCAGAUGGAAUCAUUAACCCCAAGGCUUUCUACAUCUAUCUGACAGCCUGGGUUAGCAAUGACCCUGUGGCUUACGCUGCCUCUCAGGCCAACAUCCGGCCCCACCGUCCAGAAUGGGUCCAUGAUAAAGCAGACUAUAUGCCAGUAACCAUCCCAGAAGCUGAGCCUAUUGAAUAUGCUCAGUUCCCCUUCUACCUCAAUGGACUGCGUGAUACUUCUGAUUUUGUGGAAGCUAUAGAGAAAGUGAGAGCAAUCUGCGACAACUACACCAGCCUUGGGGUACCCAGUUACCCAAAUGGAUAUCCCUUCCUCUUUUGGGAACAAUACAUUGGCCUUCGUCAUUGGCUCCUCUUGUCCAUUAGCGUGGUUCUGGCCUGCACAUUUCUGGUGUGUGCCCUCUUCCUUCUGAAUCCCUGGACGGCUGGGAUCAUUGUGGUGGUGCUGGCUCUGAUGACAGUGGAACUCUUUGGCAUGAUGGGUCUGAUUGGAAUAAAGCUGAGCGCAGUACCUGUAGUGAUCCUGAUUGCUUCUGUUGGAAUUGGAGUGGAGUUUACUGUCCACAUUGCCUUGGCAUUUCUGACUGCAAUAGGAGACAAGAAUCGCAGGGCUGUUCUUGCGUUAGAACACAUGUUUGCACCCGUGUUGGAUGGAGCUGUGUCUACACUGCUUGGUGUAUUAAUGCUUGCAGGAUCUGAGUUUGACUUUAUUGUCAGGUAUUUCUUUGCUGUUUUGGCAAUUUUAACCAUCUUGGGUGCUUUGAAUGGAUUGGUGCUACUUCCUGUUCUCCUUUCCCUGUUUGGACCAUAUCCUGAGGUUUCUCCAUCUGAUGGAAGGAGCAGGUUACCUACCCCCUCUUCUGAGCCUCCCCCAAGCAUUGUGAGGUUUGCCAUCCCACCAGGGCACGCUCAGAAUGGGUCAGAUUCUUCUGAUUCUGAGUAUAGUUCUCAGACCACAGUGUCCGGAAUCAGCGAGGAGCUCCAUCAGUAUGAGGCCACCCAAAGAACCGGUGCCCCAGUCCACCAAGUCAUUGUCGAAGCAACUGAAAAUCCAGUAUUUGCCAGAUCCACUGUGGUCCAGCCAGAGAUGAGAUACGCUCCGCCAAGUCCAAGAUUACAGACUAACCAAGAGCCUGGAUCCCAGCAAACAUGGCAUCAAAAUAAGAAACCCAAAAGAGAACCAAGGGAAGGACUCCGGCCGCCCCCUUAUCGACCACGCAGGGAUGCUUUUGAAACUUCUACUGAUGGGCAUUCUUGCCCUAAUAAUAGGGACUUUUCUGGCCAGAGAGCUCGGUCUCAGAACAUCAGAAAUCCCCCCUUUGCUGCCACGGGCACUUCAGUGCCACCUUACUGCCAGCCGAUCACUACUGUGACUGCCUCCGCUUCAGUUACCGUGGCUGUGCAUCCGGCCGUGCACAGCCACAAUACUCGUGGAGGAGGCUUUCCAUCAUACGAGGGAUACCAUGAAACCGACCAUGGACAAUUUGAGGACCCUCAUGUGCCUUUCAAUGUCCGGUGUGAGAGGAGGAACUCUAAAGUAGAAGUAAUAGAACUGCAAGAUGUUGAAUGUGAAGAAAGGACUCGUGGCAACAGCUCAGAUUAAGGGAAAUAACUGAAGCAAAGAAGAGGCCAAAGAUGGGAAACCUGCUCUUUCCAGAACUGCUUGAAGAGAAACUGCUUGAAGUUAUGGAAAAGGACAAUGCUGCAUCAGGACAACAGUUCCCCAUUACUGUAACCUAUUGUAUUAUUUUGUGAAAUAUUUCUAUAAAUAUUUAAAAGAUGUACACAUGUGUAAUAUACAAGAGAAACCGUGUAAAGUAGUAUAAUCUGGAGUUGUUUUAACUCCUGUUUAACAGAGUGGGGACUAUUGUUUGUACUCUGUACUUUAUUGUACAUUGAUUUCUGUGCCACAACUAAGCUUAAUCUAGUCGUAAAUUUCAGCAUAUGUUGCUGCUGCUUAAAUAUUGUAUAAUUUACAUGUAUAAUUCUAUGCAAAUAUUGCUAAUGUAUUAGGAUUUGUUUUUGGUAAAGGUUUGUGUGUGUGUAUGUGUGUGUGUGUGUUAAAGUAUUUUAAAAUUUCCAUAUCACAGCCCUGUGGUAGUAUGAAAUGUUUGUGUUAACUUUCAAACACGCUAUGCGUGAUAAUUUUUUCUUCUGUUUUUUUCUGUCUGUGUGUUUUUUAUGAGCAGAUAUGAAGAGCAGUGGGUUAACCUUGGUGUGUGAAGUAAGCGUAAUUGUGCGUGGGUUUUUGUUGUGACGUGUGUGUUUGGGUACUGUAAUGACUUUGUGGAGCACAGACUAUCGUGAAUGCCAACACAUGCCUCACUGAAAUAAAUGUGCAGGGGCAUGGCUCUCCAAUCCAUAAUCAACGGCUCAUUUGCAAGAGAUUUCCCAAAACGGUUGUGCUCAUCGUAGUCAUCCUUCUCGGCUAAUGCUACAGUCUUGUACACAUUUGCUUGUGAAGACCUGACACUGAAAUCAGUGGGACUUCCAUGUGUGCAACUGUAUGCAGGUUUGCAGCCAGUCUUGUAGAGAACUAGUGAAAAUAUUAUUGGAGCUUAACCACUGCUACUGGCACCAUCAAAGGACAGAGAUAAAGCAGAAGAAUGGAGAGUUUCAGAAUCAGUAUUCAUGUAUUGUAGUUUUGUCACUUCAGUUGUACUGCAUUUGUCUCUUUAGGGAAACUACUUUACCUGCCUGUGUCUCUGCUUAUGAAUCACACCACCUAAACAAUAAGAAGACUUGCUUGAAGCUAAAGGCUUUUGAAAGCCAACUAGUGAAAGCCUUGGCAAAUGCUGAUAAUUGCAUUUUGAUAAUCAAGAUAAAGAAAGUCAUUGCUGAACAUAAUUGGCAUGGAUGAUAGUCUUCAUACCCAUAGUUUUGUGAAAAAUUCUAGUAAAUAAAAGGCAGCUUCAAUUUAGAUGGUAAUUAAUUGGUUUCUUAAUGCAUCCAAGCUACUAACAAUGAAUGCUUGCAUCAUGAACUCUUCCUUUUUCAAAUAUAUUGUACUGGAUUUUUUAAUAAUGAAAAGAUGCCAUGGAUUAGGAAUAGAAGAACAGAAAGUAACUUUUUUAAAUUUACACACAUGCUUUUAUGUCCUUUCCCCACCCUUUCUCAGAGCUAGGGGUUAACCAAUAGUCAUAUUUAAAACAAUCAGGGAGAAAAAGAGUCAGCACCAAACAAAAUCAUUAAUGGUACUGAGAAAUAUAUGUGAAAUUGAAUAAAACAGUAAAAUGCCCAGCAUGUUUCAAUGAAGAACUUUUUCAGGGCCACAAGAAAACUAGAAAAUGGUAUUCUUGUGCCCCUAAGAAAGUCUUAACUGAAAUGCAUUGGGUAUAAUAUCUUUCAUUAAAUAUUAUGUUUUUUCAGUAUCAUUUUAAAGCUUUGCCCAUUUGGGGGCUUUCUUUUAAAACAAACAAACCCAUUUUGUAUCUGGCAAAUAUGCAAAGGGCAUGAAGUCAGCACAGUUGACCUACCCUCUUUGUUAAACACAGCAUGUUAUCUAGAUGCAGCAAAAAAAAAAAAGGCUGGUUACAUGAAUUUUCUAUACUGGCUCUCAGUCUCAUGUAAAGGGGGAACUCUUGCAUUUCUCCCAUGAGAAGGUGCAUGAGUUCUCCUUGUAGCAGGAGCACAUCUUUCACCUCGAUGGGUACCUAUGGUAUUUUUUUCCUUUAUGUAAGACCCUGAAGCAUGUAUUGAUAAGAUGUGAAGCACUCACCAAUCUUCUGUGCACUUUGGGUUAAUGUAAGGCCGCCCAUAUAAUUGAAGUGGAAUGAUCUUGAUAAUGUGCAGCCUGCCAGUUACUCCUGAUUCUCUUAGACAAGUCCCAUUAAUUUCAGUGAGGCUUUGGCAGAAGUUCCCAACUGGAUUUGCUUCCGAAUUGUACUUAUUGAUGGGUUGGCCAACUUGCUGUAGACAAGGUAAUCCAGAAAAGAGGCCAUGUGUACAGACCUCACCAAAUUGGUCCAGAGGGGCUCUCAGUUUAGGAAAAUGGCAAAUGGUUCUGCCUCAGACCACUGUAAUGAUCACGAGAUGUUACAGUUAUGGGGAGGGGGGGGGUUGUCCUGCAAAUUUGGCUUUGCUUUGAGGAAUGCCAGUGUGUCACAGUCAACCCCCUGGUGGCCCAUAUUGGGCUAACCAGAGGUGUCAACAGUUAAACCUUUCACUUCAGCAUUAUUUGAAUGGAAGUAUGCUCCUCCUAGGUUCAGCUUUUGCCUGCAGAUCUUCAGCCCUGCUAGCUAUGUGUCAUUCUAAUGUAUGAACCAAUACGCUUUUUUCUGUCCCUGGCCUCUAAAAUAUUUUGAUGCGAGAUAGCUGUUUACAUAUAUCUAAUGUGUACAUUCUUAAGAGAGCAAGAAGGCAUCUCAUUGUUACAUAGCACAUAUCCUACCCUUUAGUAGGGCAGCAAAGUACUGGUCUAGUUUCCUGUCGUAACAUAACAACACUUUGUGGCAAAAAGACACCAGGCCCCAACUCAGCACUGGCAGAGUGGUGAUGUCAAUAUUUUUUUAAAACCCUCUGCAACAGAACUGUAUGAUACUAAUUGCAAGCUACCUUCCACCACCAAGUCCUGAAGCAUCAGAGAUCAUGGUGCUUUACCACUGAUAUUGCUUUCGGAUCUAUCAGUCAGUCAAUCCCACUCUGGUCCCAUUAAAAAAAACAGGAAUAGAAGGAGAAAGUAAAAAGAGCAUUGAUGUUCAAUAGCCCCUUCACCUUAGCCUUCCCAUGUAUGUGUGUAAGGGUGUGUGUGCAUGUGUAUGAGAGAGAUAGAGAGAUUCCCUUGGGUUGCCUGCUCCUCGGUGCAUAGUAUAGACCAUUUUCUCUUCUUGUCACAUUGGCAAAAGGAGAUUUCAGUGGCUGGCUGUUUUGUUUUUAACUUUAAUUGUUGUUGAUAUUUAUAUUUUUGUAUCAUAAGGAGGUUUUCUUACAGUAUUUGUCAUGCCAGUUUAUAACAAACACAAUGCAGGGAUUUUAUUUCUAUUGUAAACACUAUUACAGCUAUGUUUUUACUUUUUAAUUGAAUUUUUAUUUGUAUAGAAUGCUUACUAAUGUUAAAUAGGAAGAGAGUAUAUAACAUUUACAUUAAGGACUCAUUUUGUAGCUUUUUAGAGCAAGGAGUUAAAAGGAAAAAAAAUAUUCAGACGGUCUCAUUGUCUGCCUGUUGUUGUUUUUAGCAGGAAUGGGUUUUUGUUUCAGUUACAAAGAUAAAAGUAUGCCAUAUAAUUUAUUUAUAUGAAAAUUUAUUUUUGUAGUGUACAUAGUAGUCCUCAAUUCUUUUGACAGAAUUAUAUUUUUAAAGAGUUUAUAUGUAAUGAUGAUACCAUUAUGUUUUGGAACAUUGCUGAGACAUAAAUACAAUGCACACUUUUCAUAACAAAUCCCAUUUGCAAACGAAGAAAAGGUUAACAGUGUUAAAAGAGAGUGUGGAUAUUUCAUGUCAUUCUGAACUGUUUUAGGUUUACCAUUUUGUGAUCUAGUGUGGUUCUCAAUUUUAAAUCAUGAGUGGAAAUUUGUACAAACUCUCUAAACAUUAAUGUUCAAACACUGAUAGAAAUUCUAACAUGAAUAAAAAAUAUUAUAACU